UGAAUACUCAAAAUUGAGUGUAAAUUGAUAUAAUUUUUUGUAAAUAUUCAAUUCAGGACAUUUUAGAUAAGGUAAAAUAAUGUAUUGAGUGGUUUUGCUACAGAUUUUAAGUCUUAUGCACUUAUUAUUUAUACUAUGAACUUUUUUUAAAAGCAUUUAAAAAAAAAUAUAUAUUAAUAUAUUAUUAACAUCGAAAAAAUCUAGGGUCUGUGGGUAUAUUCUAUUUCUCUAUCUUGUCUUUGUAGUCUCUGGUGUUUUGACAGCCCAAGUGGAAAGAGAUUUAGUGCCGAAAAUGUACAAAUUCACAAAUCAUUUAGCAAAUGCUAACUUGGUGUUGGUAAGGAAACAACUAGGUGAUGGAACAUGCUCAGCUUUAAUAGUAAUGAGGGCACCGAGACGGUUCGCCCACUUUGACAACAAGUGUCCACCAACACCGCCAGCCAAGCCCAAAUCUAGAAAGCUAUUGUGGGGCACAAUAGGUGCUACUGUUCUCACCGGUGCUGCCGUCGUAUAUGCCAAGAGCAGUCCUGACGCGCGAAACUGGCUUGAAUCAAAUGCCCCUUGGGCUAAUGACUUUGUGGCGCUUGUCUAUCAGGAAAAUACAACUUACUGGAAAUUCACUAUCAAUCAGUUUAACAAAGUAUCUAAAUCCCUAAGUAACUUUAUGUUUGGAAAGGAAGGUAUAUCUCCUAUGGACUUCAAACAGCAAAACGAGCAAAAUCUUGACGAAGACGCCGCUAAAGGUUUUGCCAAGAAAGAUUACCAAUUGCCACCACCAUCUUUUGAACCUUUAUAUGUAGAAGAAAAGAAGUUAGACACACCAGAAGUGGAAACAGAAGCGACUCUAAUUCAGACAGAGAAAUGCGAACCACAGCAGCUCCCACCUAUAAAGAUAACGAAAGACAUGGUGGAACUGGAGCAUGACAUGCAUGAGAACACAAAGCUGGCCAUAGACAGCUACAAGCAGGCCACUAAAUUCUGCACAGAUUAUAACAAGGCGCUAUACAAGAUUGUCGAGUUGUCUUUAGACGAUUUGGAUAAAAAAUAUUAUACUGCUGUGCAAGGUGCGAAAGAGGCGCGCGAUAAAGCUGCAGCUAAAGCGGAAGCCGCGUUAUCUAAAGCUAAACUGGCUAUAGAUACCCUCGAUCGCAUGAUAAAAGCGGGCGUACAAGCUCCUCCUGAAAGUGUAACUGCCACCCAAAGGUAUAUAAAACAAUUCCGUGGUGACUUAGCUGUAGCAGAGAAAGCUUAUAAAGAGGAAUACGAGAAAUCCGUGCUCAGUGAUAAGUACUGGAAUAAGGUUGAAAUGGCUCGCAACGCUUAUAAGAGUGAACUUCAAGCAUUGUUCCCAGGCAUCGAUUUGAGUGCUCGCAAUCUAGAUAUUAAAGGCGAUACAGAUCUAUUGCUACUGUAUACUUUGAAACAGAUUCAGUACCUUCAAAAGGAAUUGGCUGCUCUUCAAACAGUUAGAGACUUAAAAAUUAAUAGAGCAAUUGAGUGUCAUGACCAGAAAGAGAUAAUAGAAGCUAAAGUCGAAGAAGUUAUUAUGAGAGAACAAUUAGAAAAGGAGAAAGAAUUUCAGAAGAAGAGUUUAGAAAUACAAGCAGAGGCGAAUAAGAAAUUGAAGGAACAGCUGAAGAAACAAUUCGAGCUUCAACAAGAUGUUCUUCAAGAUAGACUCAAUAAGAAAGAAAAGGAGGUGAUGAGUAAAUUCAGUAGGGCCGUGUAUGAGCAAGUGGAGAAAGAGAGAGUUGUGUUCAAGCGAGAAUUGGCUGCCAUGGCGGGCAAACUGCAAGCUAUCGAGCAAACGCUAAAACAACGAGCUAAAGCCGAAGCGGAGGCACGCCGCUCUCAAUCUCUGUGGGCCGCCGCUGAAGCAUUACUAGCGGCUACGAGACGAGGAGUACCAGAGACUAAGAUAGAUAAUGAAAUCCAAGCACUAGAAAAAGCGGGUAAGGAUGAUAAGUUAGUGCAGACGGUGCUAAAAGGAAUCCGAUCUGAAAUCAGAGAGCAAGGCAUCGCCACAGAAAAGUCACUGCGGGAGAGGUUCGAUUCGAUGGAAAAAACAGCAGUUAAAGUAGCUCUAAUUGGUCGUGAGGGUGCUUCAUUGCCCAUUUACUUCUUAUCGUGGCUGCAGUCGAAAUUAUUAUUCCACAAGAUAUCCAGCAUUCCAGCGGAAGAGUUAGAAAACAAACCUGUAGAUUUUAUGGAAUUGGACACUUUCGACAUCAUUCAAAGGGCAAGGUACCACAUGAACCACGGUAACCUGUCCGGUGCUUUGCGGUACGUGAACCUACUGCAGGGCGCCCCUAGGGCUGCGGCCACCAAGUGGGCGGAGGCGGCGCGGCGGCAUCUAGAGAUACGGCAGGCGGCCGAGGCUGUGAUGGCGCACGCGUCCGCUUGUGGAUUACUAUACUUAUAAACUGUAGCGCCGUCAGCUGAUGUACGCGAGGCAAUACUGUACGGCAGACGGUGUUGUAAAACGACCAGGUAAAGGUUUGAAAUGUCAACUGUCUACUGAUUCUCCUCUCCUACAUGCAUGGUGUUGGUUUCUCUCUCUCUUUCUCUCUCUCUCU